UCUGUCAGUCGUUUCGAUUCGAUUUUGAAGUUUUGUUUAGAUUUUUAAUUUACGUGAUUGUAAAUAUUUUGUUGACGUAUGCAACAAUUUGCUAUUGUGGUGUUAUUCCCAAAAUAGAAAAUGGACAAACCAAAUUCUUUUCGCGCAGAAAUGUUAAGCAAAGCAAGAACCGCAGGCGAUGGCAUGGAAUCAGCUGAUAUUGUUGUUGAAAGUAAGUCCAAACCUGAACAUAGGCGUAACGCGUCUACUAACAGUACCGAUUCCCUUUUACCUACACGUCUGAUUCAACUAUAUCCAUCUAAAAUAGUGACAUCAGAGAAGAAAACUUCACAUGUGUACUCUAAAAGUCCAAAAUUUGUCCCAUAUGAACCUUAUCCUGGUGCAGUUAAACCAAUAACCUCACAAACAACAUCAAAAAAUACAAAGAAAUCAAGAAAUAACAUGGAUAUCAACACAUUGAUAUCUCAGAUGUCACAAAUGGAUACAAACUUAAAUGAAUACAAACCUAGACCUAAGUUAGCAUCUGUUAGUGAUAAAUCCGCAACGGAUAUUGAAAAAGACAACACUGAUAAUGACUUAAAGAAAAAACUGGAAGAAGCACAAAAAGAAAAUGAAACUUUAAAAGAGCAAUUAAAGCAACAAGUUCAGGUAAAUAAGGAACUAAAAACAAUGUUAGUUGCUUCCAUGGGAGAAGACCUUGAAAUACAAGUACAAUCAUUAAAUGAGGAUAAAAAACAUCUAGCAAAUGCUUUGAUUAAUUCCGCACAACACCUUUCAACACAUCAGGAACAAACAGAGUGGCUCGCUGGACAAUGUGAGGUAUGGAGGAGUAAAUUUCUUGCUAGCAGUUUAAUGGUAGAAGAGCUGGCUAAUUGCAAGAAGUUACUUAAUGAAAAAACAGUGAAUUUGCAACAAGCCAUUAAGAAAUUAUUAGAUGAGAGAUGUAGAACAAGGGACAUGAUGUUAAGCACAUAUAGAAAUUUAUACAGCCUUCAUGAGAAAUGGCUAGAAAAUAUAGCCAUAUCUGACUAUAUCAGUAAUACUAAGAUAUAUAGCAGGCCAAUAGGGAACUUGAACUUCACAGCAACGUUGCCACAUUCAACAAACAUUUUAGAUAUGGCAUCGGUAAAUUUGAAAUUAUCAGAAAACAUCAGUAGCUCAGUUGAGAAGCAAGAUAUUAGCCAUUUCAAUAUGUUGCCAUCGGCUACUGAAGCUGAAAUGUAUGCUGAAAAUGUUAUGGCAUUGCCCCUAGAAGUUAAGAAGGCAAACGAGGAUCCAGUAAAUGCUUUGGUGAACCACGCAUACAACAAUAGCACUAAUGUUGCACCACCUGUUGCUUCUUGUGUACACUGCAAUGGAAGAGUACAAUUAUUAUAAUGGAUUUAUUGGGAACAUUAAGUAUUGGGAUAAUAACUUACUCAUUAUGUCUAGUAUCUAAAUAAUCGGGAUAUUAUAUUAUUGGAUUUACAGGUGUUUAUAAACCUGAGUGUUUGGUGAGAAAUCAACCUACAGAUCAAUUGUUCCAAUGGGAAUAAAAACUGCUGAUUAUUCAGUAGGUUGAUUGGUCAAAUGGGAUAUAUCAAUAAACCUAUUAUUUCUACUCAUAUCCUUUUGUUAAGGUGUAAAAAAACUUCGUAGUAUUAAUUUCUUAAUGAAAUAUUUCAAAGUGUUAGUGUGAAUAUAUUUAUUUUAAUUUUUUUUUUUGCCUAAUAUUUAGAAUA